AGCAGUUACAUGUUUGACUGUAGAAGUUGGCUUUCCACUGUACUGAGAGCAAAUAUUUUUGAGCAACUGAGGGGUGUCAGAGAAGUACACCUUUAGCACGGGAAGAUGAGUGAACUUGACCAGUUACGCCAGGAGGCGGAGCAACUGAAAAACCAAAUCAGAGAUGCUAGGAAAGCAUGUGCUGAUGCUACAUUGGCCCAGAUCACAGCCAACAUUGAUCCAGUGGGUCGUAUUCAGAUGCGCACUAGAAGAACACUGCGGGGACACUUGGCUAAAAUUUACGCAAUGCACUGGGGGACCGAUUCCAGGCUUCUCGUUAGUGCAUCACAGGAUGGCAAGCUUAUCAUUUGGGACAGCUACACCACAAACAAGGUCCAUGCCAUUCCUCUGCGCUCAUCCUGGGUCAUGACCUGUGCAUAUGCCCCAUCAGGAAACUACGUGGCCUGUGGUGGUCUCGACAACAUCUGCUCCAUCUACAACCUGAAAACACGUGAGGGCAAUGUACGUGUCAGCCGUGAACUGGCUGGCCAUACAGGCUACUUGUCAUGUUGCCGUUUUGUGGACGAUAAUCAGAUUGUCACCAGCUCCGGAGAUACCACUUGCGCCCUGUGGGACAUAGAAACUGGCCAACAAACCACCACAUUCACUGGUCACACCGGAGACGUCAUGAGCCUGUCCCUUGCUCCCGACUCCAAGUGUUUUGUUUCCGGUGCCUGCGAUGCCUCUGCAAAGCUGUGGGAUGUCCGAGAAGGGAUGUGCCGGCAGACCUUCACUGGCCAUGAGUCGGACAUCAAUGCCAUAUGUUUCUUCCCCAACGGCAACGCAUUUGCCACCGGCUCCGACGAUGCCACCUGCCGGCUCUUUGAUCUCCGUGCCGACCAGGAGCUUAUGGUUUAUUCCCAUGACAACAUCAUCUGUGGCAUCACCUCUGUAGCAUUCUCCAAGAGCGGGCGUCUCCUCCUAGCUGGCUACGAUGACUUCAACUGCAAUGUGUGGGACACGCUGAAAGCGGACAGAGCGGGUGUCCUAGCUGGCCACGACAACCGUGUCAGUUGCUUAGGCGUGACUGACGAUGGCAUGGCUGUGGCCACAGGAUCGUGGGACAGCUUCCUCAAGAUCUGGAACUAAAGUCUAAUAGCAGUGGACUCCACGCUGACUGGAAGACUUUUCCACCACAGUCAAAAAUUUAAAAUAACGUAUCCAAUCCAACUGUACUAACUUGGACCCCUCCCCCCUCCCCCCCUCCAUCCAACCCAGCCACCAAAGGGCAAGAUCUUUUCCCGCCUCCUAUUGCCGAAAUGAAGAGCACAAUUAUCUCCUAAAAGAAGAAUCUCUGUGGUUACAUACAAAUAGCGAAUGAAGUUUUAAAAAAAAUAUAUUGUGCAUUCUUUUGGGGACCACUUCUCUCGUCUAGCAAACUAAAGAAAACACACUUCUGUAAGCAUGUCCAGAAAAAAAACAGGAAAAAACAUGUGAAACAGACGACGUUUACGUUUCACUGUAGUUUAAAGAUUAUAAACCAUUGAUUUGGUUUUACUUUCUUUUUUUUCUAAGUUGGGGGUGGGGGGCGCCUUUGUUUUACUCUCACUUUCAGAUUUUGAAGUCGUGUUUGUAGCAGGAUCGAUAUUGACUCUCUGUCCAUAUUUCUUUUUAUUUUAUUUUUUAAACGCAAAUUGCUUUUACAGUCAAUACAAGGGAGUCCAAGCCCAGGUGCUUCUGGGGUUGUUUAUGCUGUAAAUUUAGUCCCUGGAUUCAUUUUUUUAAAAAACUUCUGUCUUAGUGUCACAGAUUGUUGCACAAUUACUGCAUAUAUAGGACAAAGUUAAGUAAGGUAACCAAGCACACGCUGUACAUGGUCUUGAAUGUUUAAAGAAAAAAUUCACCUUUUUAUGGGUUAACAAAAUGCAAACUAGUUUUUUUCUCCACCCCACCUCACUCAUGAUUAUUAUUCCUACUCCCUUUUUUGGGGGGGGCAUAGUUCGGAUUUAAUAAUGCGCCACUGGAGGGCCAACUGUGCCCUAACGCUACCCCGCAAUCUCAACAAAUAAGGUUCUGUGGGAUAGUGGGUUUGUAUUUAGCAAAGAGAAAACCUGUUCAGCGCUUGGCUAUUCCAUAAAUCCUUUGUGUAUGGAACAAUGUACAAAUUAAUGUUUGGGUUUUUUUAAAAAUAAUGAUCUUGAACUUUCUAAGUUAAAUGAGAACAAUGGAAAGAAAUCAUAUCCCCCCCCCCCAUAUUUGCCAUAUUGGGUUGGAUUACUCUUUAGAAUCGCAUGCUGUAGAAAUGCUGAUGUGCAAAUGAGACUAAUGUGUCCUUCAAUGUGUUUUUUUCUUUAAAAGAAUAACCUGGUUUUCUUUUUGUUUUUUCCCCCCUUAUUAAAAAAACAUAAGUUGUAACCAUCGCCAUAUUCUGCCUUUACCGUCGCUACUCUGUGCAUAAAAAAAAAAUUAUGAAGAAUUAAAAAUACCAACCUAUGCACGUCCUGGAGUAGCAUUGAUAAGUCACUAUUGUAAAAAAAGAUUUUUUUUUUUUAAUUACCUGUUCAGCUUUUGCUGUAGAUUUGAUUCCGGGGUGCAGAGGAGGGGGGGGGGGAUAACAGACGGUCCUCUAUAAAUUUAAAUUCUCAGUGGCCAGUUGGCUGUAACCAAGGAAGCCUUUUGAUCACCUUAAACCCCCCCCUUUUUUUUCUUUUUGGCUUCCUUAAUGAGCUGGCUUACCUGCCUUGGUUUUUGAAAAUGGGAAGGGGGGUGGGGUGGGAAACCUGACAGAAAACCCCUGAAUAGUAAAUUGUUCUGUCAAACUUUUCUCCUCUGUCUAUAUAUCAAAAUCUCCCUUCCCAUGCUGCAGCUGUGGGUUUUUUUUUCUCCACUCUGGUUCCCCUCCUCCUCCUCCUCCUCCUCCUCCCCCCUCUCUGCGACAUCUCUGUAUACAAUGUGCUGUAAUCGUGCGUUUUUAGGCCUGGAAUUGGCAUUUCGGGGGAAAAAUAAAGAAUGAUAUUAAAAAAAAAUCUCCUUUCCCCUCCCCUCCCCCCCAACAUGAAACUAUUACCCGUAGAGCUUUCUCCACCACCCUUGUAUCCUCCUUCACCUUUUGUAUUUAAUUUUAAAGUCAGUGUACUUCAAGAAAGCUGGAUGCAAGAUAGAUACUAUAUUAAAAUGUACUGUUAUUUAAGAUGUAAUAAAGCAGUUUGACAUGA